GACCUAGUGGAUGAUAAAUCCUCAGAGACUUCCCGUAAAAGGCUCACAAACUGCUAUGGAGCCGCACGCGGCUAUGGGCUGUAUGAACAUUGGCAGUCUGACCAGCACCUUGCCGGUGAUCCCUUACCAGAAGCUGACCGACCUGUACUACCUGAGCAGAGGAGGCUUCGGCACCGUGUUCAAGGCGCAGCACUCGGACUGGAGGACCACUGUGGCCAUCAAGUGCCUGAAACUCGACUGUCCUGUUGGAGAAAGAGAAAGGAACUGCCUGCUGAAGGAGGCCGAGGUGCUCCACAAAGCCAGGUUCAACUACAUAAUCCAGAUCUUUGGCAUCUGCAACGAACCCGAGUUCUUCUGCAUAGUCACCGAGUUUAUGAGCAAUGGCUCUCUGGACCUGUUGCUCCACGAGAAAGACAUGUACCCCACACUCGCCUGGCCUUUGCGACUGAGGAUCCUGUAUGAGAUUGCCCUGGGGGUUAACUUCCUUCACAACAUGAAUCCACCUCUGUUACAUCAUGACCUAAAGACGCAGAACAUACUGCUGGAUGGUGAAUUUCAUGUUAAGAUCGCAGACUUUGGCCUCUCAAAGUGGCGACAGCUGUCCGUCAGUAAAGGCUCGGGGUCCAAGCCCACAGAGAUGGGAGGCACAGUCAUCUACAUGCCCCCCGAGAAGUAUGAACCAUCCAAGAGCCGCCGGGCUGAUGUGAAACACGACAUGUACAGCUACGCCAUCAUCAUGUGGGAGGUGCUGUCCAGGCAGAUUCCAUUUGAAGAGGUGACCAACCCCAUGCAGAUCAUGUUCAGCGUGCUCCGUGGGAUACGUCCUGACACCAAUCUGGAAAGCCUGCCUGCUGACAUCCCCAGCCGAGACACGCUCAUCAGUUUGAUGACCAGCGGCUGGACCUCUAACCCUGAUGAGAGACCCUCCUUCCUCAAGUGUUUGAUUGAGCUGGAGCCCAUGGUGAGGAAGUUUGACGAAAUUGACUUCCUGGAGGCCGUGUUGGAGAUCAAGAGGUCAAAGUUGAUGCACGGAUCAGGCUGUUGUUCAGCCCAGCCACGGAGUGAGAACAGGAGUGAUGAGGAAUCCCUGGACAUCAUGAAAAACAGGCGCAGCCCCUGGCCGGAGAGCUCCACCUCAGGCUCAGGCUCUUGUUCCUCCCAGGACACAGACAUAUCUCUGCCAGGUGCCCUCAGCAGCAGCAACGCUGAGCCUUCUAAAGAGGGGCUUCCAUCGUCGUUUAUAGCUCAUACUCUAGAGCCUCCCGAGUCUUUGAAGGAUGACUGUGAUGUCAACAAUCAGAACGGCUGCCAGAGUCCCAGGCCCAUGAACAAUUUGAACAUACCUCUGAAACCAGGCCUGCCUGCCUCUGAGUAUGAGACACGGCUGGAUAACCUCACCCUCAAGCCUCAGCCGCAGCCAGAAGGUGAUUACUCUCCUCCUCUCCUGCGGCACUCCCCUCCCUCACAAGGCACAAUUGCCCAGUGGAUCGCGUCACGGCGUGAGGAGAUCGUCACCCAGAUGACAGAGGCCUGUCUGAACCAGAGCUUGGAUGCCCUGCUGGCUCAAACCAUGCUGAUGCAGGAGGACUAUGAGCUGAUUUUGACCCAGCCCACGCGCACUGCCAAAGUCCGUCAGCUCCUGGAUAACUGUCACCGACAAAAUGAAGACUUCUGCCGCAUUGUUGUCCGCAAGCUUUACGACAACAAACAAAAUCGCCUGCAGCCGUACCCUCCUGAAAUCAGCUCCCCGACUUUCGUCCCUAGCGCGCCGCCGCUGUCCAUGCCCUACAGUAUCACCAGGAGCAGAGUGCAGCAGUAGCAGCGGUCAGAGCCAAACAAUUGAAAUAAUCCAGAUCAUAGACUGUGCCAACUUUACACUACACUGAACUACUGGUUCUGUUGUCGUCAAGGUGGUCACCAGGGUUCCUGUCUGUCUUUCACUUCAAGAGACUGAGAAACUGAGAGCUGGGUGAACAAGGUACAGAAGUCAGCUGCUGGUUUUGAAGAAGACCCACUCACCAGAGGCAAAAGAUUUUAUUUAUAAUCAAAAGAUUUUGACGGAAUCAGUGAUUUUAUUUAAUAAUGUUAUGAUUUAAUGAGGUGAUUUAUUUAUGGUCCCUUCAUUCUGAGUGGAUGUAUCGCAGGGUUUCUCUCUUUUUGGUAUUAUUUUACUUUUUGGUAUUUUAUACUUUUGUCUCCAAAGCUCAGUUACCAUUAUGUGGAAGUGUAAUUAUGUAGCCCAGUAUUUUGUGUGUUUGCGUGAGUGUGUGAGUGUGUGAGUGUGUGCAGCCUUAUUUGUACAGUGCAAACAUCCUCGAUACGCUCAGUUAAACUGGGUAAGUGACAGGAGGACUGUUACCAUGCUGGAAAACCUGCAGCAAAAAAAGUUAACUCCUAUUAUAGCAAUCUUAAAGUAUCAUGUAGUCCUAUUUUGACGAUAUUUAGCACCUGAGUGUUUAAGUAUGAGGCCCUCCAGCGUCUUUGUAUUGAAGCACAUGACCUACAUUCAGUCGGUGAGAAAAUACAGUCAAGUGCCGUGCGGCAAUGACUUCAGGGCAAGUGGCAGAUAAUUACGCGGUCUUUGAGGUUAAUGUCUUCACCUAACCUGAAGUGUUGGAAUAAGUUGUGAACAUGUGACUGUAUGGAAAGUUUUUGUCCCAGCCUACGCACUUUUUCCUCCCCCUUUUUUUUUUUUUCUUUUACUGCUGAGCUAAAGAGAGUCACUGGGAGCAAAGAGGAAGUUGAGAUUGUAAUACAACACUCAGACUGAGAGGGAUGUGUGUGUGUCUGCAUGUCUAGAUUAAAAAUGGACCAAAGUGUUCUCAUUUCUUUUUGGUCUUCUCAGUAGCGGCCUCUUAAUAAUGUUCACGUCAGACUCAUCUGGACACUUUUAAAGUUACAGUUAAUCCACAUACUUCACAUUUCUGAUCCUGCUGAGCUGCUCUGCAGCACGUGAACAGAGAGCUUUGCUUGUAGCAACCUUUAUAUAGUACAGUCUGAGCAGUCACUGCUCAGUUUAUCACUCUUGACUCUUUUUCUACUGUAGCUGUGCUUCCUGAUCUGCUCAAAACAACAGUUACACCUGUUUAUAAAGUAGGUUUCUCUCCGUUUCUUAUAUCUACAGUAACAUUCAGCACGGCGUGAUCCUAUUAAACGCAAGGAAAUACACAUAUUCUCAUGAAGACGGUAGCACCAGUUUGUCGUUACAUCAUUCAUUCACAUAGUGUAUACUGUAGGUUCUGAUUUCUGUUUCCUUGACACAGUCGUUACUGUCAGUCGCCCUUACAGCCAUGUUUGUAUAUGUGUGUGUGUGUCAUAGGACAGCAACUGACGAUUAUUUUCAUCAGUGGUUAAUUUCAUGAUUAUCGAUUAACGAUCACAUUCUCUGGUUUAUAAAAUGUCAGAGAAAGGUAUGAAGUGUCCAAAACCCAAAUAUAUUCUGUCAACUGUCAAAGAAGACAGUGAAUUUUGCUUAAAAAAUAAUAAUUAAUUGGUUAGUAUGACGCCCCUAAAGUCCCGAAAGGUGAAUUUCUUUUAUUUAUAAUUAACUUUUUCCCACCAGAUAAUAACCUCUGCGCAUAAACUGUUAUCUUGUGGGAACAUCACCUAGUGCACAUAUGAUAAUAACUAGUUCCAACAAGAUAAUCAUCCUGUGCACACAAGAUAAAAUAACUACACCUUUCAGGACUUUAGGAGCUCUGGGGAUUAUCAAAACAGUUGCAGAUUGAUUUUCAGUCAAUUAACAGAUCAAUUUACUGACCUACCGAUCUCAUUAAGGGCCUUACUGUUUCCAUCACUGCCUUCACUUCCUCAAAACAGGUGCUUAAAUCACAGUAUUGUAGCUGCGUCACUCACUGUCUGUACAUAACCUUUGUUUUGUUCCCCAUCAUUAAGUCCAAAGUAAAUUAUAGUUCAAUAAAGAGCUAAAACACACACACACACACACACACACACACGGAGUUGGAGCCAUGGCAGGUCAUUUUUAGUAAGACACAUUGUUACAAGAAAUCAUACAUAAUUAUAUCAUUUAAAUAAAUGACAACAGGAAGGCCGAACGAGGUCGAUAUGUUUCCAUAACGUUGGACUUGUAUUGCCUUGUCGUUGAUAACUGUGCCUCACAUUCUGCUUUUGGUCUCGACUACAGAAACAUAUGAAAGCCUUUUACACACAUAUCAAGAAUUGUUUAAAAAAGAAAUGCUACAAAAUUGAUAGCUUAAAUAUGUUGUAACAUAUUUUGUACUGUAGAUGAUAGUUUCAUCUUUUUACAUAUAUGUGUGUGUGUGUGUGUGUGUGUGUGUGUGUGUGUGCGCACGUGUAUUUUCAUUUGUGAUCUGUUGUUUGGAACUCAUGUUUUUGUUAAUUGAUGAUUUGAUAUUCGUAGAAUUGCUCAUGUCAUUAUGAGUGUCAGUUGGUCACGCAGUAAUAUCAUGUGUUAAUGAACGUUCAGUUGAUGUGUAGCUGUGGUUUCAACAGAAACUAGGAGUUUUCAUAUAUUGCAUCAAACUCUUCAUUAAAAUGGGUUCUUUGUUUUUA